CUAUUAUGCAGAAUAGAUUCUAAUUUUUGCAUUGUUAAAUGACUUACCCAUGGUAACUAUUUUUUUCGCCGGCAUCCUCUGGACUCUGGAGAACUAACUAAAGCUGCCGCCUUCAGUCCCUCGCCGACCCGCCAAAUCAAAACCAAAACACCAAAGCGCACAACAGUCAGUCGCCACUCUUUCUCGCCUGUUUUCAGCCGUUUCGGUGCUAAUAUUAAGAACAAAGAAAGAAUGGGUCACAACAAGCCCCGGCGUUUCAAAACCCACUCUCAUCGGGGACAGUCAAGCAGAAACCAUCAAUUCCAAAGGGAAGAUGAUUCUCUCCCACCUGAUCAAUCACCUGAGGAGGACCCAAAUGUUCCUAAAAUUCAACUUGCUAUGUGGGAUUUUGGACAGUGUGAUGCAAAAAGGUGCACUGGGCGUAAACUUGCAAGAUUUGGGUUGUUGAAAGACUUGCGUGUAAAUAGUGGUUUUGGGGGCAUUGUUUUAAGUCCUGUUGGUAAUCAAUGUGUCUCAAAAGAAGAUUACAACUUAAUGAAGAGGAAAGGAUUAGCUGUUGUGGAUUGCUCAUGGGCACGUCUGAGUGAUGUACCCUUCAUGAAGCUUCGGUGUGGUGCUCCUCGCUUGUUGCCAUGGCUAGUGGCUGCAAACCCAGUAAAUUAUGGUCGACCAUGUGAACUAUCAUGCGUAGAAGCAUUAUCUGCAGCUUUACUGAUAUGUGGGGAAGAGGAAACCGCAAAUUUGUUAUUAGGCAAGUUCAAAUGGGGUCAUGCCUUCCUGUCCCUUAACAGGGAACUUUUGAAGGCAUAUUAUGAAUGUGAAAAUAGUGCUGACAUCAUAUCAGUACAAAAUUCUUGGCUUUCCCAACAAAGUCAGGUUCCAAAGGUUCUGCCGGAUGCAGAAGACAUCAACGAAGGUGAGGAUUCUUCCAGUGAUUCUGAAGACGGGCUUCCUCCCCUUGAAAGGAAUAUGAACCAUUUGAGUUUGCAUGAAAGUGACGAUGAAAGUGAGUAGGUAGGAUCCUACAGUGGUUUCAAUCACAUUGGAGAUGCAAUGAAUCAAGGAGCAACCAACAAAGCAAUGCGGAGUCAGAAGUAAGCAACAUGAGAAAUGCCCUCAUUAUAACUUUAUUUAUAUGUAGCAUACCGGUUAUGCUUUAAAUAUUAGUAAGUUGAGUUUUACUGCAAUCCAAUUGUGUUUGGGAAAUGUAUUCCAGGGCCAUUUUCUGGAUAUGCUGUAGCACAUGGUUGUUGUCUUCCUCUAGAAGCUUGUUUUCCUUGCUCGAAUGCGCUCAAUUUUGGUUGUUUAAGAACUGUGAAGGCAAAACCACCGUCCUGAAUGUGCUUUUGCUCUUAAUAGAAAAUUUUACCCGGCUUCG